AGAUAAUUUCCAUUAAUUUUUGGUUUAUAUUUCAUAAAUUAUAAUUAAUUAUGAAAAUAAACGAGAAAAAUCUUUGUGCUUACGCUGUUUCUGCUUCUCCAAUCGACAAAGAAGGGUAUCUGAGUAAAAAAGGUGAAGUUAACAAGUCAUUCCAAAAAAGAUAUUUUGUGCUCAGGGGAAAUUUACUAUUUUAUUUCGAUAAAAAAAGUGAUAAGGAACCAAUUGGUGUGAUAGUACUGGAAGGUUGUACGUUAGAAUUGGUCGAUGAUGAUGAGCCGUUCUGUUUCAAGAUUGACUUUCAUGGAUCAAACAGUCGGAGCUAUAUUUUGGGUACUGAGUCUCAGGAAUCCAUGGAGCAAUGGAUGAAAGCCCUAGCAUGUUCGAGUUAUGAUUAUAUGAAGUUAAUGGUAGCAGAAUUGCAAAGGCAGUUGGAUGAUAUUGAAGAGACUCCAUUGAGCCCACCUCAACAUAGCGAUUCACCAAAACCACCCCCCAGACAUCGCCAUAAUCCAUUUGAUAGAGUGGAGACUGUUAGUCACUAUAACCUGCCUCCUAAGACAACAGGAAAGCAAGAAAUGAAAGUUACUAGUGAUGGGACACUGCCUGGUACCUCGCAUGUAAGAAUUUCCUUCAUAGAACUUCACAACUCUUAUGGAAGGAAAAUUAUGAUGGAUUAUAAUAUGUGGAAACACCAGAGAAGGCUAACAAAUGAUAAAGAUGAAGUUAAUUUGAUCAGCUUUUAGGAACAAAUAGAAAACAAAUUAUUUCACACAGUCUAUUUAUUAUUAUUUAUUGUAUAUUAAUAAUUUGUUAAUUACAGUUUUGUGUACAUACAUAGUUGGAUAAAAAAGCUCAUAUAAAUCAUUGUCAUCAGUUGAAAGAGAAUAAAAAUUGUAAUUCA